AUGUCAGACGAUACGUAUAUAUGUCAAAUAUGCCACAUUAAAGUAAAGAGAAAGCUGGAAAAAGCUCAUAAAGUCAGUAAGGACCACAAGAAACGGUUGAUAGCUUUGAAGCAAGUGCAGGAGAAGCAGCAGAAGAUAGAAGAAGCCAAAAGGAAGGAGGAAGCACAAAGACAAGCUUUAAAGAGGGAAGCCGAAAGCGAUAGUGAUGGUGAAGGUCCAAGUGUUUCUGCUAAGCGAUGUAAGUACUUCUUGUUGGUUUAUGUUUUUAGGAGUUUAUGGGUUGCAGUUUGCUGGUUUUAUUCAAGAAAAAGGGCUGGUUUGAUCAAAAAUUGAACACCACCUUCUUCUGAGGUCUAAAACAAUAUACAAUGGUAAUUUUUCAGCAAAAACGGAAGAAAUACAUGCUCCAAGUUUGGCAGCAAUGGAAGUAGAGCCAGAAGAAGCUGAAGCAGAACCUACAAACGGAUUGCCAUCUGAUUUCUUUGAGAAUCGAACUGACGAAGAGAAACAGUCCAAGAACCUAGAUGAAGAGUUUGACAAAUUCAUGACAGAAGUGAAGCAAAUUGACCGAAAAGAAACAGAAGCUGCUGAAGUUGAAGAUGUACGUUUUUACAACUUUUUUUUUAUUUUUAGGCCUAAAGCUGCUUUAAAUAUAAAGUUAUGAUCAAAAAAGCAAAGGAUGUUAAUAUCAAUCUAAAGGUGGCUAAAGUAAAAUAAUUUUUUGCAGGAAGCCGAUGCCGUACGACGAGAUAUUGAUAUGAUAGACGAACAUAUUGACAUGUGGAAGAAAAUGAAUGAGCUCGAGAAACAAAAGGAAGUUUUAAUGGCCGAAGCCAAAGAAAGAUUGGCAAAUGAGAUAGAAGAGGAUGGUGAAGAUGAAGAAGAGGAGGACAGUGAUGAUGACGAGGAGUUUGAUGUGAAUUGCAUUGAUUGGAGGGCAAGGAGAGUGUAG